AUGAAACGCCCAUUCAGGCUAUAUAAGACCAUAUCAAUAGAUCGUGAGUCAGGCGGAGUAGAUGCUAACGUCACCGCCAUUCAUCAACAUCCCAAGUAUCGCUUGAUUCCAUAUGUUCAAGAUGGCAAGACCUUGUCUAAGGCUGUGUUUGACAUUGGUAUUUUGAAACUAUCCAACCCGAUUGAAAGUAGUGACACUAUUCAAUUUGCGACCCUGGCGGCGAGCGGCUCACGCCCUGACCCUCCAGCUAACAAGACCAAAAGGGGUUUGCACGAGAAGCCCGAAUUCGCUCCCCAACUUCUCAGAGUCGAUCUUCCUGUGUCCGACAUUAAGACGUGCAUGGACAAGGAUACGGCUGAAGACACCGAUAUUAUAUGCGCUGGUGGUGGCACGAUCGGUGUUAUGGAAGGAGAUAGCGGCAGUCCGCUCAUCGACCCAAAAACACGACAGGUGGUCGGUGUCGCGGCAAGGGGAGGGGCGCUAAACAUCGUUAACCCGCAGACUUUCACCAACGUGGGCAGUUACAUCGAUUUCAUCACUGAACUUCUUGAAAAAGCACCACAGGGAGGAUCUUCCCCCGCUGAAGAGACCACAGGCAACAACCCAACUCAAGCUAGCCCAGAUGACGAUGAACGAGGCAGAAUUCAGCGAGCCUUUGCUCUUAUCCGGGAAAUUCCGAAGCUUCAAUCCGCCUUCAAUGAGGACGCACUUCUCAAGUUUCAGCUCGGAUCCAAGCUUCAGGCUGCGGAGGAGGAUCUCCUUGCGAAUUUGGGAGAGGCUGACUUCCGGUUGCGCGUUGAACAGCAUUUUGCCGAAUUUAACAAGAUCCCAAAUGUUCAGUUCGCUAUGGACAAGGAUGAAACGCUUAAGACGCAGCUGCCUCUGAAGUUGAGCGAAGCUAAGAAGGAUCUGCUUGCAUUGGGCGGUCCGGCGUGGAAGUGA